AUAAAAGAGGCUUGACAGCCCCCAAGCUUGUCUUUGUAUAGGAAGAUUGUGCCAGAGUGGGAGUGUGUGGAUGCUGGACUGAUUCUUAACUGAGUAUUGAUAAGUUGCUAGAAUGAAUCUGGCUCCAUCGUGUCACAUCUCACUGCUCUUCCUGCUUGUUGUUAUCCUGACAGGCGUGUGUGGGAAGAGAAUCAUUGGAGGUGGAGUGGUGCGACCUUACUCCAUCAAGUAUCAAGCCUCGCUCUGGUACAGCAACUCUCACUUCUGUGGUGGCACCCUCAUCCACCCACAGUGGGUGGUGUCUGCUGCCCACUGCUGGAGGCCGAGUCACAUGAUACAAGUGGUCCUUAGUGAGCACAAUCUCGUCAAGAAGGAAGAAAAUGAGCAGAUAUUCAACGUCUCUUUAGUCAUCAAACACCACGAUUACAGUUACUGGACGCUUGACAAUGAUAUCAUGCUGCUUAAGUUGGAGCGUCCAGCUAUCAUUAAUGCCAACGUCGAGCCGAUACCUCUGCCAGACCAGAGCUCACCCCCGCUGAAGGACUUCAGUCAUUGUACAGUCAGUGGCUGGGGCGUGACCUGGGCCUAUGGGCGAGUGCUGUCAUCAGAGCUGAGAUCUGUGGAUGUGGAGCUGUACACCAGCUGCUGGAAAUUCUACUACUUCAGGAGCACGAAAAACAUGAUUUGUGCCGGCUAUCGUUACGGAGGGAAAGACUCCUGCCAGGGGGAUUCAGGAGGACCUCUUGUUUGUGAUGGAAAAUUUGAAGGCAUCGUAUCUUGGGGCAUCAGCUGUGCGGUUUCUUACUACCCCGGCGUCUACACCAAAGUCAGAAGCUACCUUUCUUGGAUCAACUGGGUUAUACAGUACAGCUAAUGAGACUCUUUGUGACUGGUUUAUAGAAGACUCUACUAUGAUGAAUAUUUGAGUGGAUCCUAAUGUACCCAACAGCUUUUAUGUUUUGCUCUGUCUUUUAUAUAGAACUUUUAUCUAAACAUAAAUGCAUUUACUAAAAUUAAAUUACUUGGAUUUUACACCCGAGUGUAAACUUACAAUCUGUGAACUUAGACCUUGUGCUCAAAAUCUGAUUGAAUAUCAUUAGAAGACUCAGAUUAUUAUAAAAAAAAAUAAAGUUUGUCAUAUUUGUUCAACUACA